GAACGUUUUUAUGCGGCUGACGAGGGAUCUGAUCUUGAUGAUUUUAUAGACUUUUCUGACGAGGAUCAAGUGAAUCAUGCUCUGACAAACCCCAUCGAUGAAGAGGUUGAAGAUGGGGUAGAAGAAGAAAGUGAACCAGAAGAUAGGGUGACCAAGCUCAAUAAGCAACUAAAGCCCAACGAAGAUUACACCCUAAAGGUUUUAAAAGCACAUAUAUCAAUAUUGGUUACUGCAGUUGGUGGACCGGAUCAUACUUCUCCAAUUCAACCACCGCCAUAUAAGUUGGGGCCCGAAGCCCUAGGGUGUCUUAAGGAUAUUAAGCGAUGGCUCAGGUCGGUGGACACAAACAAUGAUUCAUUUGAUGUUGCGCUUGCGAUAUAUGAAGUAGGAUUGGUUGUGAAUGAUCUUAUUGUCAUACUAUGUGAUUGGGAAAAGAAAAAUUCUAAUAAGAAAAAUAUAAGUAUAUCAUCGUAUCAAAAUACUUUAUUACACAAGAUCUCAUUGGUUUGUUUAGAAUUAUUAGUUCAAUUAACCUGGCCUCAUGAACUUAAUAAAAACCUGACUGAAAAUCAAAAGAAAAAUUUUAAUAGUCUUAGAAAAGCUCAAUUGGUAUAUAAGAAGAACAUUUUAUCUUAUCAAAAUGGACAAACUUUCAAAGCAGUAUUAAGGUUAGCUUUACCUGCUUUGCAACAAGAAAAAUAUGAACGAGAUGCAAGAGAUUCUCAAAUUUUGAAAUUAGUGGUAUUUUUCAUUAGAAAUGUUCUUUAUCUUGAACCAGCAGAUUUAACUAUAAUUAAAAAAUCAAAUUCCAAAAUCGGUAAUUAUAAUAAUCUACCUUCUAAUGUUAGUAUUGAUGAUAUUUCUUUAAGUAAUGUUAUUUCUUGUUAUUCUAAAAAUAAAGUUUUGAAAUUCUUAUUGACUUUAGCUUCCGGAUUAGAAAAAGAUUUCGUGGCCGAUAUUUAUGGUCCUGGUAUACUUGAAUCCAUCUCUUUAUUGAUAAAGGGGGUCAAAGUUAAAGAUUUGCUUACCUUACCUUCUUCUACCAAACCAUCUUCCAAUGAAGAAUUAUCAAAUCAACAAAAUCCAAUCCCGCUGUCUGCUAGUGUAUCGGGGCUUCAACUUAAAGAUUUACUAAAAGAAGAAUCGAAAAGAAAAAAACAACAAAGUGAAAACAUGUCUUCCCGACACGGAAGAUUUGGAUCUUUAUUAUCGAUCAAAAAUGACGACUCAUCUUCCUACGUAGUUUCUGGUCAAGAAGCAUUAUUAAAUAAUCACCACACUUUUGAAAAAUUAGAUAAAUCUAAAAAAUGGAAAGCGAAAACAAGCUUCCGUUAUGAUUCAGAUAAAUUUGUUCAAACUACCCCGGUUAUAUUGAGUGGGAAUGCUUCUCUUUUGUUAAAUAACUUUGUUGAAAUGCUAUUAUCAAGUGGUGGGUUCAAUAACUUAGUGAAAUGUACCGCUACUGUUUUUGAUAAUUCUUCACUCUCUUUUUCUGAUACAAAUACUUUGAGUAGUAUUGAUCAAGCUGAUAGGGCUAAUUAUUUUGCAACCGUUGCUUGGUUCUUUGAAUACAAAAGAGAAAGAAAUAAUAAAUUCAUAUCUUCAAAUAAAACCCCCAUGGAUGAUGAAGGCCCUCUAGAUUAUGGUUCGGUUGGUGAAGGGUUACGUGAUAAAAAUUUCGUUCUUAUUGGAAGAUACAUGCGUGAAUCAUUUGGAUCAAAAGACUGGAACUCUUUGCAUGUUGCUUUGAUUUGUCUUCGAGAAUUAUUACUUUUAUCUUAUUCAAUUUUUUCAAACGUCAGUAAAAAACAACUUGAAACCAAUAUUGAUUAUGAUGAAGAAAAUGAAGAAACUUUGGAUCAAAAAGACUUGGCCGAAGCGAUUAUACGGAAACUAUUCAGCGAAGCCGACUAUGUCAGUUUACUCCAUCAAAUUCCUCAUUCUGCUUUUAAACAUUCUCCUGAUUACUUAAAAGUUGUUGUAUCCGUUAUUCAUAUUUUGUUGAAAUCAUUUGAGAAUUUCGCCAAUGAAGAUGUUAAGGUCUAUAUGAGAUCUAAAAGAAGAAGUAAAAAGAAAUUACUUCAAGAGCAUGAAGAAAUUGAUCUAGAGGAUGAUCUCGAUGAGUCAAACUUAGUCAUUCAAGAGAGAAAACUUGAUUUUAGUAAAACUGAAGCUAAGUUUUUCCAUAAGGAUAUUGUCACUACUCAUAUAACUUUUUUGUCAAGAUUCGACGACUUGAAUGAUACAGAAAUUAAAAUGGCUCUUUCUUACUUCCGUAAACUCUUUGUGGUAAGAAAGGAUUUUACCGGAUUAUAUAGGCUUGAUUUCAUGUUUAUGUUAUACAGAUUGAGAAAUGGUUUACCAAGACUGUCAAGUUUAAGAAAAAGUGUGGAUGAAUUCAUUCAUUAUUUUAUGAAAAAGUUUCAACCGGCAUUUGAAAGAUUCCCCAACCCAAUUGAAAUAUUAUUUCCUCGUUUCGAAGAUCUUGAUACAAAAUCUUAUUUGGCUACAGGUGAACUUUAUGGUGACGAUAUAGAUUAUGGUAAUGCUGAAGAGGGAAAUAAUGAAAGCCGGGAAGAACCAGGAUACGUCGAAGAAUGGAUCCCUGAGCCGAAGAAGGCUAAAGAUCUUAUUUUCAAAGAGCAUCUUGAAAGAGAAAAACAAAUUGAAACAUUGGUGGCUUGUUUGUAUCAGAAUGAAAAAGAAUGGCUUAUUAUCUGGGUCAUUAAGGAAUUGAAAAGAAUAUUAUCUGACAGAGUUCUGGAUAACUCGGUGGACGUUUUAUUACCAAGUCCCAUUAUCAGAAGACUUUUAGUUAACGACGGACACCUUCGACUUCUUUUACAAGAGCUUGGGUUCAAAUUACCCGAAUUUCAAAAUGAACCUACUGUUUUAUUAAGAGAAAAUAAUAACAGUAUCCUCGACACGAAUAUUAAAUUGCUAGAGUUUGUAUUUGAUAGAGUCAGAAACGGCGAAAGAGAUCCUGCUGUUUUCGACAAAUUGACAAAUAAAAAGAAGUCUGUUGAAAAAAAGCAGAAGGACCCAUCUAAACAAAGGAAACGUCGUCAGAGACGUAGAAGGUCAAACUCUGAUCUGGAAGAAGAAGAAUCAUUAGAUAGUAAACUCGAAAACAGAUAUGACCCCCUGGCUAAAUUGAAAUCGAAAGCUAUGGUAAGUCUUUCGGAUGAUGAAUCAGACGAUGAAAAAGAAAAUGAAUUCUUUCAAAGAGAAGAAAAAUUACGUAACCUAUUAGAAGAAUCCGGUGGGAUUGUCAACGCAGAACAAUUGGAAGCUUUCAAAAAAGCCUGGAAAGACUAUGAACAAACGGGAACUUCCACAAGCGAAGCAGCUUCAUUAUUCGUAACUGAUAACGAUUUGAAUGACAUGACCUCUCCAAUAAAGAGUUUCUCGAAACCUAUCAAACCAGUUUUACGUCCGAAUUCAUCAGAUUUUGAAGAUUCCACAGCCAUUCGUGACUCGGGCUCAGAUUCAAGCCCAACAUCAUCUCCCAAUUCAAAGAAAGGGUCCGAAACAAUGGCAGCAUCGAUAAGUAAUACUGAAUCUAUCGAUAAUGAUGAAUAUGAAAGAAAUAGUAGAAAAAGACGACUUCCCGUUUCAGAUUCAGAAGAUGAA